UGCACUUUAUUUACUCCUGAACAUCUGCUGAGCUUUCGUUAAAAAAAGAAAAAUAUAGCAGACACGGUGUCUAAUCUUUAAAUUUGGAUUUCUUCCGUUUUUGGGGGGCCAUUUCUUUGGUUAUUUUUGACAACCAACAACUCAUUUUCCAAUUUACUGUUCUGUAGACUGAAUUCUUCUUCAGUUGAAAAGUAUCUCAGCCUCUGAAGGAUUUCAGCGGUCUGAAAGCAGACUUAUCAAAAACACAGCAAACAAUGAAGCCUGUGAUUGCUGUCUUCUGGACAGCAGCCAUGCUGGUGGGACUCCAGCAGGGUGCUUCAUCCUCUGACAGCGUUGUGGACCUCUCCAACAGAAACCUCAACUCAGUCCCACAGGAUCUGCCAUUGACCGUUGAGUAUUUAGACCUUUCAAACAACCACAUACAGCAGCUUCACAGAGGAGACUUCACACAAACCUCCCUCCUAACAUCUCUCAAUAUGUCCUUGAAUCGUUUGGAGGAGAUCGAUCAAGAGACGUUCAUAGACACACCACUACUGGAGGUGCUGGACCUGUCACACAACCGCCUGAAGAACCUGUCAUGUCAGCACUACCUGCUCCACACCAAGAACCUCCAAGUGCUUAAUUUGACCUCCAACCAGUUUCUCACAAUGACACUUGGGCAUGAGUUCAGCUCCUUGGUAAAUCUGGAGAGAUUAGCGCUUGAAGCCAAAAACAUCUGCAGGGAUGAUUUCAGGAACAUGGCUACAGUGAACCUACAGACUCUGGCUCUUUCUCUGGAAGAUAAUGUGGGUUAUGAAGCAGAAAGCCUGAAGUACGUUCAUGCUAAAAAGCUCCAGAUCGUCUUCUCACAAGGUCGUUCGAUAAACCAGGGUUUGUUAUCUGAUGCUUUGUCACUCUUUGUAGAAGUGGAGUUGGUGAAUUUGCGUGAUGGCUAUGCCGAUAUAAGAAGUGUGUUGACGAAUACAGUUGAUAUCCACACAUCUUUUCUGUCUGUCACCAAAUUUGUAAUCUCCUGGAAAGACAUCACUGAUACUGUAAAUGUGCUUCUGUCCUCAUCUAUUGCUCAUUUUAGUGUGUCUGGGGUAACCUUAAAUAAUUUACCUCAAGAUGACACAUAUGUGAUGGAAACAUCUCGAAUGAAGUCCUUUACAGCCAGAGAUGUGGUGGUGACGUCUUUUAUUUUUUCACAGGAGGCUGUAUAUAACUUUUUCAUCAACCUGCCGGUUGAAAGCCUAUCGCUCCUUGAGAUUUCACUCAUACACAUGACGUGUCCUAUGUCACCAAGUCGUCUCCUCCACUUGGACUUCUCCUAUUGUGCUCUGUCUGACUCCGUCUUCUCCAGAGUGGAGAAUCAACAAACAAUCGAAUGUGAGACUUUCAUAAAUGUUAGGUCACUCAGUCUUGUGGGAAACAAUCUCAAGAGCCUUAAUGCCAUCAGCGAACGUUUGAAACACAUGACAUCCCUGAUAGAUCUGGAUCUCAGCCUUAACUCACUGAUUUAUGAUGGCUUGGAGAGAUGUUUCUGGCCACCUAACAUCACCAACAUGACUCUAUCUUCAAAUGGGCUUACGGGCUCUGUUUUUCAGUGCCUACCAGAGGGAACACAGAUACUGGAUCUCCAGAACAACCAGAUUUCUGUGAUACCAUCAUCCAUCAAUCAACUAUCAAACCUUACAUCUCUGAAUCUGAACCUUAACAGGUUGCGGGACCUGCCAGGAUGCAAUGGUUUCCCCUUCAUCAGUACUCUUCUACUCAAGUCAAAUUCUCUCCAUGCCCCAACAGUGAGCAAGCUGGAGAGCUGCCCAAAACUGAAAAACCUGGAUGCCAGUUUGAACCCGUUCACCUGCACCUGUAGUCUGAGGAGUUUCAUAAGUCUGGGCAUCAAGUCAGAACAGAGGAGUCAAACAGGAAUUGAAUUGUUGGGCUGGCCAUUGGACUACAUCUGCACCUAUCCAGAGGUGGUUAGAGACUCCACUUUAAAAGAGAUCUCAAUCCCAGAGGUCUCCUGUAACACUGGCCUUCUCGCUGCCACCAUCCUGUGCCCAGCAGUGUUGUUGAUUAUUGGAGUUCUGACCCUCUGCCAUUAUCUGGAUGUUCCCUGGUACAUAGGCAUGAUCUGGAAGUGGACCAGGGCCAAACAUCGGGCCAGGAGGAGGCAAGUCCGACCUGAAGAUCUGGAGGGUGUCGAGUUUCACGCUUUUGUGUCCUUCAGUCAGCAUGACGCCGGCUGGGUGUACAACUCUCUUCUCCCCAACCUCGAAGGUUCUGGCGGACUCCGAAUCUGCCAUCACGAGAAACACUUUGUGCCUGGAAAGACGAUCGUUGAGAACAUCAUCACCUGCGUGGAGAAAAGCAGACGCUCCUUGUUUGUGCUCUCUGCCCACUUCGUAAAGAGCGAGUGGUGCCAUUACGAGCUGUACUUCGCCAGCCACCAGCGCCUCACUCAGGGAUCAGAAAGCGUGGUGCUGGUACUGCUUGAGCCACUGCCUCAAUACCUGAUCCCGUCAAAGUACGCCCAGCUGAAGUCCAUGAUGGGGCUGCACACGUACCUGGAGUGGCCUCAGGAUAAAGCCAAGCACAGGCUGUUCUGGGCCAAUCUCAGGGCUGCUCUACAGGCAGACCUGCCAAACGCACCAGCCCCAGAACUAGAGGAAUAACUGGGAGAGGAAAC